AUGGAGCACCUCUUGCUGGAGGUGGCGGCCGCGCCUCUGCGGUUAAUCGCUGCUAAGAACGAGAAGAGCCGCAGCGAGCUGGGCAGGUUCUUGGUCAAGCAGGUGUGGACACCUCAAGAUCGCCAGUGUAUCUUGAGUACCUUAGCACAGUUACUUCUGGAUAAGGACUGUACUAUGCUGGUUGGCCGCCAGCUGCGCCCUCUGCUUUUGGAUUUGCUGGAAAGGAAUGCUGAAGCCAUUAAAGCUGGGGGCCAAGUCAACCAUGACUUACACGAAAGGCUCUGUGUGUCAAUGAGCAGACUCAUUGGUAACCAUCCUGACGUCCUCCCGUUUGCCCUGAAGUAUUUCAAGGACACUUCUCCAGUCUUUCAAAGACUCUUCCUAGAGAGCUCAGAUGCAAAUCCAGUCCGGUAUGGGCGCAGGCGGAUGAAGCUCCGGGACCUAAUGGAAGCAGCUUACAAGUUUCUGCAGCAAGAGCAGUCUGUGUUCCGGGAGCUCUGGGACUGGAGCGUGUGCAUCCCACUCCUCAGGAGCCAUGACAUCUUGGUCCGCUGGUACACAGCCAAUUGUCUUUCUUUGGUCACCUGUAUGAAUGAAGAGCACAAGUUAUCAUUCCUUAAGAAGAUUUUUAAUAGUGAGGAACUGAUCCAUUUCCGGUUAAGGUUACUAGAAGAGGCCCAGCUGCAGGACUUAGAGAAAGCCUUGAUGUUGGCCAAUCCAGAAGCCUCCCUUUGGCGUAAGGAGAAGGAGCUGCAGUAUUUACAAGGACACCUUGUUUCAGCUGACCUCUCCUCCAGGGUGACUGCUGUCUGUGGUGUGCUGCUGCCUGGGCAGCCGCCAGCCCCUGGGGAGCAGGCCAGUAGUUGGAGUUCUUCUCGCGAACAGGAGCUGGCCUUUAGGUCUUAUGUGUUGGUUGAGUCAGUCUGCAAAAAUCUUCAGACCCUGGCUAUGGCAGUGGCUUCUCAGAAUGCUGUGUUGUUGGAAGGACCAAUUGGAUGUGGGAAAACUUCCUUAGUUGAACAUUUAGCUGCAAUGACAGGUAGAAGGAAGCCCCCUCAGCUUCUCAAAGUCCAACUUGGAGAUCAGACCGACAGUAAGAUGCUGUUAGGAAUGUAUCGCUGCACAGACGUCCCAGGAGAGUUUGUGUGGCAGCCUGGUACCCUGACACAGGCGGCCACAAACGGACACUGGAUCCUUCUAGAGGAUAUUGACUAUGCUCCCUUGGACGUGGUUUCCGUGCUGAUCCCUCUCUUGGAGAAUGGAGAGCUCUUGAUUCCUGGCCAAGGUGACUGUCUGAAAGUGGCUCCUGGAUUUCAGUUCUUUGCAACUAGGAGACUCUUGAGCUGUGGAGGAAAUUGGUAUCGACCGCUAAAUAGUCAUGCUACUCUGCUAGACAAAUACUGGACCAAAAUUUACCUGGAUAACAUGGAUAAGACAGAACUGAAUGAGGUUCUUCAAAAUAGAUAUCCCAGCUUAUCGGUAGCAACCGAUCACCUGCUUGACAUUUACAUCCGGCUUACUGGAGAGAAACAUCACCCUCUGAGUGAUAGUUCUGUUGGAGGGGAACAGGCACCCGAGGAAGUUUCAGAAGCCAGAUGGGAACACAAAAGACUAAGCCUUGAGGGGAGAGAAUUGUCUCUCAGGGAUCUACUGAAUUGGUGUAAUAGGAUUGCCCACAGCUUUGACAGUCUGUCUUCAUCAGCAUCAUUAAAUAUUUUUCAAGAGGCUCUGGACUGUUUCACAGCAAUGCUUUCUAAGCAGACAAGCAAACUGAAAAUGGCAGAAGUCAUUGGAAGCAAAUUGAACAUUUCCAAGAAAAAGACUGAAUUCUUCUGUCAACUUUAUAAACCAGAAAUUGCGAUCAACGAGCUAGAUGUGCAAGUGGGUCGAGUGCGGCUUCUACGGAAACAAAGUGAGGCUGUCCACAUACAGAGGGAGAAGUUCACCUUUGCUGCUACGAGGCCAUCCUCUGUUCUUAUUGAACAGCUCGCGGUGUGUGUUAGCAAAGGGGAGCCUGUGUUGCUGGUGGGAGAGACCGGGACCGGCAAAACCUCCACCGUCCAGUACUUGGCUCAUAUUACAGGCCACCGUUUGAGGGUUGUCAAUAUGAAUCAGCAAAGUGACACUGCAGAUUUGCUGGGAGGUUACAAACCAGUGGACCACAAGCUUAUUUGGCUACCCUUACGGGAGGCAUUUGAGGAACUCUUUGCUCAGACAUUUUCCAAGAAGCAAAACUUUACAUUCUUGGGACACAUUCAGACCUGUUACAGGCAGAAACGGUGGCACGAUCUCCUCAGACUAAUGCAACAUGUGCACAAGUCGGCUGUCAACAAGGAUGGAAAAGAGAGUGAGACUGGGUCAUUACUAAAAGAGAAGUGGGAAGCAUUUGGUCUUAGACUCAACCAUGCCCAACAACAGAUGAAAAUGACUGAAAAUGCCCUAUUGUUUGCAUUUGUAGAGGGUACAUUAGCUCAGGCUGUAAAGAAAGGAGAGUGGAUCUUGUUGGAUGAGAUUAAUCUGACUGCUCCAGAAACAUUAGAAUGUCUGAGUGGUUUACUUGAAGGCUCCUCUGGCUCUCUGGUGUUGCUGGAUCGAGGAGACACAGAACCACUGGUUCGUCAUCCGGAUUUCCGUUUAUUUGCGUGUAUGAAUCCAGCAACUGAUGUGGGCAAAAGAAAUCUCCCACCAGGAAUAAGAAACAGGUUCACAGAACUUUAUGUAGAAGAAUUGGAAAGUAAAGAAGACUUACAGAUCCUUAUUGUGGAUUAUCUGAAAGGCUUGAGUGUGAACAGGAGCACAGUGCAAGGAAUCAUAACGUUUUAUACAGCUGUGCGGAAGGAGUCUGGGACAAAAUUGGUGGAUGGGACCGGCCACAGACCUCACUACAGCCUUCGGACUCUCUGUAGGGCCCUGCGAUUUGCAGCCUCCAAUCCAUGUGGCAACAUCCAGCGCUCGCUCUAUGAGGGCUUUUGUUUGGGUUUCUUAACACAGCUUGACAGGGCAUCGCACCCAAUAGUUCAGAAGCUCAUCUGUCAGCACAUUGUUUCUGGCAAUGUUAAAAGUCUGCUGAAGCAGCCUAUUCCAGAACCAAAAGGAGGUCGGCUUAUCCAGGUGGAAGGCUACUGGAUUUCGGUGGGAGACAAGGAACCUACAAUAGAUGAGACAUACAUCCUCACGUCUUCCGUCAAGCUGAACCUGAGAGAUAUAGUCCGAGUGGUCUCUGCAGGAACAUAUCCAGUGCUGAUUCAGGGAGAGACAUCAGUGGGUAAAACAAGCCUGAUACGGUGGCUGGCCGCAGCUACUGGUAACCACUGUGUGCGUAUUAACAACCACGAGCACACAGAUAUUCAGGAGUACAUUGGUUGUUACACAUCCGACUCCUCAGGGAAGCUCAUGUUUAAAGAAGGUGUUCUUAUUGAUGCUAUGAGAAAGGGCUAUUGGAUUAUUUUAGAUGAGUUAAAUUUGGCCCCUACCGAUGUGCUAGAGGCACUGAACAGACUGUUGGAUGAUAACCGUGAACUGCUCAUAACAGAAACGCAAGAAGUUGUUAAAGCACAUCCUCGCUUCAUGCUUUUUGCUACCCAGAAUCCCCCAGGAAUUUAUGGAGGCAGAAAGAUGCUUUCUAGAGCCUUCAGGAAUCGAUUUGUGGAAUUGCACUUUGAUGAACUGCCUAGUUCUGAGUUGGAAACAAUCUUGCACAAGCGGUGUAGCUUGCCACCCUCCUACUGCAGCAAGUUGGUUAAAGUCAUGCUGGAGCUUCAGUCCUAUCGCAGAGGUUCUUCAGUGUUUGCUGGAAAGCAAGGCUUCAUCACCCUCCGUGAUCUGUUCCGAUGGGCUGAGCGAUACAGAUUGGCUGAGCAGACGGAGAAAGAGUAUGACUGGUUGCAGCACUUAGCCAACGAUGGUUUUAUGCUUCUGGCAGGCCGAGUCAGGAAGCAGGAGGAGGUUGAUGUGAUUCAAGAAGUCCUUGAAAAACAUUUCAAGAAAAAAUUGUGUCCUCAAUCCCUCUUCUCCAAAGAAAAUCUCCUAAAAUUGCUGAGUAAAUUGUCUACUCAGAUAUCCACAUUGGAGUCUAAGUUCAGCCACGUCGUGUGGACCAAGGGCAUGCGGAGACUGGCGAUGCUGGUGGGAAGGGCGUUGGAAUUUGGUGAACCAGUGCUGCUGGUUGGAGACACUGGGUGUGGGAAAACUACUAUCUGUCAAGUGUUUGCAGCCUUGGAAAAGCAGAAAUUAUACUCAGUCAACUGCCACUUACACAUGGAGACAUCGGACUUCUUGGGGGGGUUGCGACCCGUGAGACAGAAGCCAAAUGACAAGGAAGAAAUUGACACAUCAAGACUCUUUGAGUGGCAUGAUGGGCCUCUGGUUCUGGCCAUGAAGGAGGACGGCUUUUUCCUCUUGGAUGAGAUCUCCCUAGCCGACGACUCUGUCCUGGAAAGACUCAACAGUGUCCUCGAAGUGGAAAAGUCUCUGUUAUUAGCUGAGAAAGGCAACCUAGAGGACAAGGAUAAUGAGGUAGAGCUGUUGACUGCUGGGAAGAAAUUCCGUAUCUUGGCAACCAUGAACCCCGGGGGUGACUUUGGGAAAAAAGAGCUGUCUCCUGCCUUAAGAAACCGUUUUACAGAAAUAUGGUGCCCUCAAAGCACAAGCCGUGAAGACUUAACUCAGAUUAUCAGCCAUAAUCUUCGCCCGGGAUUGUCUCUGGGCAGAACAGAUCAUAAAGGGGCUGACAUAGCUGAGGUGAUGCUGGAUUUCAUUGACUGGCUGACCCACCAGGAGUUUGGCCGAAGGUGUGUGGUCAGUAUCAGAGAUAUCCUGUCCUGGGUUAACUUCAUGAACACAAUGGGGGAGGAAGCUGCUUUGAAAAGGCCGGAGACCAUCUCCACAGUGACGUCUUUUGUCCACGCCGCCUGCCUGGUGUACAUAGAUGGAAUAGGUUCAGGGGUAACUUCAUCUGGGUUUGGUACGGCUCUCUUGGCUCGCAAAGAAUGUCUGAAAUUCCUAAUCAAGAAACUUUCCAAGGUCGUCCGACUUACAGAAAGUCAGAAAAACGAAUUGAAGAUUUAUGACAGACUCAAAGCCAAAGAAUUCACUGGGAUAGAUAACCUUUGGGGAAUUCAUCCGUUUUUUAUACCAAGGGGACCUGUCUUGCACAGGAAUAAUAUCGCCGACUAUGCACUCAGCGCGGGCACCACAGCUAUGAAUGCCCAGAGGCUCUUAAGAGCUACAAAACUGAACAAACCUAUCCUCUUGGAGGGCUCCCCUGGUGUGGGCAAGACGAGCUUGGUGGGAGCCUUAGCCAAGGCUUCAGGCAACACUCUUGUCCGAAUCAACUUGUCAGAGCAGACGGACAUCACAGACCUGUUUGGAGCAGAUCUACCUGUUGAAGGUGGCAAGGGAGGAGAGUUUGCCUGGCGCGACGGCCCCUUGCUGGCAGCCUUGAAGGCAGGCCAUUGGGUUGUGUUGGAUGAGCUUAACCUGGCUUCGCAGUCAGUCUUGGAAGGACUCAAUGCUUGUUUUGACCACCGAGGAGAAGUCUAUAUUCCUGAGUUAGGAAUGAGCUUUCAAGUGCUGCAUGAGAAGACGAAGAUUUUUGGUUGUCAAAAUCCUUUUAGACAAGGAGGCGGAAGGAAGGGCUUGCCGAGGUCUUUCCUAAAUAGGUUUACUCAGGUCUUUGUGGAUCCCCUUACAGUAAUAGACAUGGAGUUCAUUGCCAGUACUCUGUUUCCAGCCAUUGACAAAAGUAUUGUUAAAAAAAUGGUUGCUUUCAACAACCAAAUUGAUCACGAAGUGACUGUCGAGAAGAAAUGGGGGCAAAUAGGAGGACCCUGGGAAUUCAACCUCCGGGACCUUUUCCGCUGGUGUCAGUUGAUGCUAGUUGACCAGUCCCCUGGGUGUUAUGAUCCUGGUCAGCAUGUGUUUUUGGUCUAUGGUGAGAGAAUGAGAACGAAGGAAGAUAAAGAAAAGGUCAUUGCUGUAUUCAAGGAUGUGUUUAAUUCAAAUUCUAACCCGUACCUGGGAACCAGACUGUUUCACAUCACUCCCUGUGAUGUUCAGCUGGGCUACUCAGUGCUUUCCCGUGGCAGCUACGUUCCUCUCCCGACUCGCCGGCCCCUGUUGCUCCUGCACCAGUCUUUACAGUCUCUGGAGUCAGUUAUGAAGUGUGUACAAAUGAGCUGGAUGGUCAUCCUUGUGGGGCCAGCCUCAGUGGGCAAGACCAGCUUGGUUCAGCUCCUGGCACACCUUACUGGUCACACUUUAAAGAUCAUGGCCAUGAACAGUGCAAUGGACACUUCGGAGCUUCUGGGUGGAUUUGAGCAGGUUGAUCUCAUCCGGCCGUGGAGGCAGCUCCUUGAGAAGGUGGAGGGCACUGUCAGGACCCUGGUAAGAGACAGCCUCCUCGUCAGUGCUGACGAUGCAGAAGUAGUGCUGCGAGCCUGGAGUCAUUUCCUUCUGACGUAUAAACCCAAGUGUCUUGGAGAAGGUGGUAGAGGUGUCACGAUGGAGAUUGUCAGCAAGCUGGAAGCAGUGUUACUGCUUAUGCAGAGACUCAACAAUAAAAUCAACUCAUACUCCAAGGCAGAGUUUGCCAAACUUGUGGAAGAGUUCCGAAGCUUUGGUGUGAAGCUUACGCAGUCAGCCAGUGGCCGAAGCUGUGGCACGUUCGAAUGGGUUGACAGCAUGUUGGUUCGGGCCCUGAAGUCUGGAGAUUGGCUUUUGAUGGACAAUGUUAACUUCUGCAACCCAUCGGUGCUGGAUCGUUUGAAUGCUUUGUUGGAACCCGGAGGUGUCCUCACUGUUAGUGAGAGAGGAAUCAUCGAUGGAUCCACUCCCACCAUAACACCAAAUCCCAAUUUCAGACUUUUUCUCUCAAUGGAUCCUGUGCAUGGAGAAAUAUCCCGAGCUAUGAGGAAUCGUGGACUUGAAAUCUACAUUUCAGGAGAAGGGGAUGGGAGCAUCCCAGAUGACCUGGAUCUGAAAGUCCUACUGCACAGCCUUGGGUUGGUGGGGGGCAGUGUGUGUGACAUCCUUUUGGCUUUGCACUCAGAGACCCGAAGUGCUGUUGUAGGUUCUCCAGCGUCCUCGUUGUCAACACUCAUUCAGACAGCCUUACUCAUUGUGCAAUACCUACAGCGAGGGCUGAGCUUAGACAGAGCCUUUUCUGAAGCAUGCUGGGACACAUAUGUCCGCUCCCAGGCUUCACCAGCAAACCAGAAGCUUGUGCAGGCUUUACUGGAGAAACACGUUUGUUCUCUGCAAGCACAUGAAACCUGGGGCAACUCCAUUCUUGCCAUGGGGCUGUGGCCAGAUUCUCUGCCCUCGGCUCUCUCUGCUACGGAAGAUUCUCAUCUCUCUAAAGUCCAAGGCGAUGGACAGAUCUUAGUAUAUUGUCUCAACAGGCUGAGCAUGAAAACGAGCAACUGGGCAAGGAUUCAGCCUCUUACUUUGCCAGACUUAGAGGAAAUUAUGCAGUCCUCCCACCCGGAGAGCUUAAAAUUCAAUUCAGUUGAAAUGGAUACUUACUGGAUUGAUGAACCAGAUGCUCUGGCUGUGGCUGUUAAAUUGCUCAUAGAAAGAGCAACCAAUCAAGACUGGAUGCUCAGAGUUAAAUGGCUUUAUCAUUUAGCCAAGAAUGUGCCACAGGGGCUUGAGUCAGUACAGAUUCAUUUGGAAGCCAGUGCUGCAUCUCUUAGGAAUUUUUACUCAAAUUCUCUCUCAUCUGGGGUCAGUAAUGUCAUCAAAAUAUUACAACCAAAUGUAACAGAUGAAUAUGUGAUUCCUCUGGAUCCCCGAUGGAAUAUGCAGGCUUUGGACAUCAUUAGAAAUUCGAUGGACUUUGACCCACAAAUGGACCAGCCUGAGCAGCUCUUUGUCCUUUUAGAGUCUGUUGCAAACAGGUCAAUCAUAUAUCUUGAUCGGGAAAAACGGAUUUUUACGGAAGCAAAUUUGGUUUCUGUUGGUGGCAAAAAGUUAAGAAAUAGUGUUUUGAGAAUGUCCUUUGAAUUCCAUAAAGAUCCAGAGAGCUAUCACAGCCUGCCCCAUGAAAUCGUGGUCAAUCUUGCUGCUUUUUUUGAACUUUGUGAUGCACUAAUCCUGCUCUGGGUACAGUCCUCCCAGGGGAUGGUGUCUGAUGCCAGUGUUAAUGAGAUCUUGGGUUCUGUGCGGUGGCGGGACCGGUUCUGGACCGUGGCCGAUACAGUAAAAGUGGAUGCACCAGGCCUGGCCUUGCUUGCCCUUCACUGGCACUGGGUUUUAAAACAUUUGGUUCGUCAGAUCCCCCAACUCCUGAUGAACCACGAAGACAAAUAUUACAAAGAGGUUCAGACCGUCUCAGAACAUAUUCAGAAUUGCUUGGGGAGCCCAACUGGUGGAUUCACGGGUAUAAAGAAGUUACAGAAGUUUCUGGGACGACCGUUUCCUUUUAAGGACAAGCUGGUGGUGGAGUGUUUUUCACAAUUGAAGGUCUUUAACAAAGCCCUUGCCAUCAGAGAGCGGAUGCCUGCCCUUGGGGAGAGUGGAUGGUGGGAAGACAUUAGUCGGCUCCAAAUGGUUGCUUCUGAAUGGACAUUAAAGAAAAGUCUCCUACGGGCCUGGGGGUUGGUCCUCAGAGCUAAUACUCUGGAAGAUGUCAACCCAGAUGAAUUGAAGAGUCUUGUGAAUGCUCAGUGUUCAGAACUGAAAGCCAAAGGAAUUUCACUUGGUUUUCUGGAGAAAAAGCACAGUGAAGCUUCCUCCCUGUCACAGCCAGGCUUUACCUCCUUAAUCCAACUCACCAGGAGUGUUCAGCUCUGGCCUGCAAUGGAGUACCUGGCUAUGCUUUGGCAGUACAGAGUCACAGCGGAUUUUAUGACACAGGCUUGCCUGAGAAGGUCCAGCAAAAACCAGCAACCCCAUAUAGAGGAGGAGAUAAGUCAUCACAUCACAUUUUGUCUUAAGCACACACCAGUUGCUCCUCAAGAGCUUCGAGACCUUUGGUCCUUAGUGCACCAUCAAAAGAUGUCUACUGAAGAAAGGAUCUCUUUGUGGUCCGAGUUAUUUAAUUCCACGUUUACAUCUUUCUGGAGCAGUGCUGUGACCACAAAUCCAGAGUACUGGCUAACAUGGAGCCCUCUGCCUGGUGUGCAGCAGAGGGAGACACCCAAGUCCCUUCUGGACCCCACGUUAAAGGGUCCUGGAAGUCUCAGUAGAGCCGUGUUCUCCAAGUGCUGCUUUGAAGUCUUGACCAGCAGCUACAGAGCAAGUCCCUGGGAUGUGAGCGGCCUCCCCAUCCUGUCCUCCUCACAUGUCACCCUGGGGGAGUGGGUUGAGAGAUCACAGCAGCUCCAGGACAUCAGCUCGGUGCUUUGGACCAACAUGGCUGUCCCUUCCGUAGCAGAGUUCAGACGCACGGAUUCCCAGCUCCAGCGGCUGGUGCUGUGCCGGCACUUGGCUGGUCUGGCAGAGCUGCUCCCCGAGCCCCGGCGGCAGGAGUACGUGCAGAACUGUGAGCAGCUGCUGCCUGGGGACAGCCAGGCAUGCCAGCACGUGGGCCAGACUCUCGGGGACAUGGCCGGGCAGGAGAUGCUGCCCAAGGAGCUGCUGUGCCUUUUUCUCACCUCCCUGCGCCACUUGUUCGGGGAGGGGGAGGGUAAGCGGGACCUGCCUGAGCCAGCCCGCCGUGGGAGCCUGUGGGUGAGCCUGGGCCUGCUCCAGAUCCAGACCUGGCUUCCCCAGGCACGCUUCGACCCCGCCGUGAAGAGGGAGUACAAGCUCAAGUACGCCAAGGAAGAGUUACAACAGCUGCAGUGUGAGUGGAAGACCCGGAGCCUCUCAUCCCAGCUGCAGACCGGAAGAGACCUGGUGGAUGAAGUCGUCCUCGGUCACUCUCAUCCUCACAUCAGGUUGCUUCGCCAGAGAAUUGAUCAGCUGGAGAACUUAAUCAGCAGCCUGUCCAAGAAGCAGGCCUUCAGGCCCCCGCUGCCUGUGUAUGAGUCCCUGGUACAGGAGGUCCACCACUAUGUCACCAGCAUCGCCAAGGCCUCUGCCGUUCAGGACCUGCUCACUCGGCUCCUGCAGGCCCUCCACACGGACGGACCUCGGGCUGCCCAGAUGGCCCAGAACCUUCUGAAGGAGGAGGCUUCUUGGCAGCAGUCACACCACCAGUUCCGGAGGCGGCUGGCAGAGGAGUUCGCCCUUUAUCCAGAUGCAGCGGCCCCGCUGCAGGCAUCCGUCCUGCAGCUGCAGCACGGCAUGCGGCUGGUGGCGUGCGAGGUCCACGCCUCACUCCAUGGUGGCGUGGUCUGCGCGCACAGGCUGGGUGCCCUGGCCACAUCCCUGUUGGCUUUCCCAUCAGUGGGCCCCACCUUCCCCACCUACUAUGCUCACGCAGAUGCUUUGUGCUCGGUGAAGUCGGAGGAGGUCCUGCGAGGCCUUGGGAAGCUGUUCCUUAAGCGCCUGGGAGGAAAGGAGCUGGAGGGCAAGAGCCAGAGGCCCUGCCCCACCCAAGAACAGCUGCUGCUGAAUGCCCUCCUGUACCUGCGCUCCCACGUGCUGUGCAAGGGAGAGCUGGACCAGCGGGCCCUACAGCUCUUCAGACAUGUGUGUCAGGAAAUCAUCAAUGAGUGGGAUGAACAGGAACGCAGAGCCCAAGAGAAGGCCGAGCAGGAAAGCAGCCUGUACAGAUACCGGGGCAGGAACUCUAGGACAGCCCUGAGCGAGGAGGAGGAGGAAGAGUGGGAGUUCAGGACACACUUCCCACCACAUGGAGAGGACUUCGCAGAUAUUUUGGUAGAACCAACACUAGAGGCAAAGAAGGGACCUUCAGAUGGGCAAGAAGAGGAGGCCGCCACAGAGCCCACCCUCCUGUCACAGAGCUCAAUGCAGGCUGUGAUGCUGAUACACCAGCAGCUGUGCCUCGGCUUUGCUCGGUCCCUCUGGUACCAGCAGACGCCGCCGCCACACGUAGCAGAGCACUACCUCAGCCUGUUUCUGUCCUGCUACCAGACUGGGGCAUCGCUUGUGACAAACUUCUACCCCCUGAUGGGAGUUGAGCUGAAUGACCAGCUCUUGGGCAGCCAACUUUUGGCCUACACCCUGUCCUGCAACACUCUCUUUGGGGAGGGGACCUUGGACCUGAUGGUGAAGCCUGACGGUCCCUAUGACUUUUACCAUCACCCCAACGUCCCGGAAGCUCGGCACUGCCAGCCUGUGCUUCAAGGCUUCUCAGAGGCCGUCCACCAGCUGCUGCAGGAUUGGCCGGAACAUCCGGCGCUUGAGCAGCUGCUGGUUGUAAUGGACAGGAUUCGUAGUUUCCCACUUUCCAGCCCCAUCUCGAAGUUCCUGAAUGGCUUAGAGAUCCUUCUGGCAAAGGCACAGGAUUGGGAGGAGAAUGCAAGUCGGGCCCUGUCUCUGCGGAAACAUCUUGAUGUGGUCACUCAGGUGGUCAUCCGCUGGCGUAAACUGGAACUGAACUGCUGGUCCAUGAGUUUGGAUAAUACCAUGAAACGCCAUACUGAGAAAUCCACCAAGCAUUGGUUCUCCAUCUAUCAGAUGCUGGAGAAGCACAUGCAAGAACAAACAGAAGAGCAAGAAGAUGACAGACAGAUGACCCUGAUGCUGCUGGUCAGCACGUUACAAGCAUUUAUUGAAGGAUCUUCACUGGGAGAGUUCCACGUACGACUUCAGAUGUUACUGGUUUUCCAUUGUCAUGUCUUGCUGAUGCCACAAGUUGAAGGAAAAGAUUCACUUUGCAGUGUUCUAUGGAAUUUGUACCAUUAUUACAAGCAGUUCUUUGACCGCGUCCAGGCCAAGAUUGUGGAACUUCGUUCCCCCCUAGAAAAAGAGCUUAAAGAAUUUGUUAAGAUAUCCAAGUGGAAUGAUGUCAGCUUCUGGUCUAUUAAACAGUCUGUGGAAAAGACACACAGAACCCUCUUUAAAUUCAUGAAGAAAUUUGAAGCUGUCCUGAGUGAACCCUGCCGGUCAUCCCUGGUGGAGAGUGACAAGGAGGAACAGCCGGACUUUUUGCCAAGGCCAACAGAUGCAGCCACAAGUGAGGAGUCACCCAUUCAGAGUCUGAAUCGGGCACUGAGAGAGACCCUGUUAGCCUGGCCAGCAGCUGCGCAGGCCGUGGUUCCAGAACAGUGUCAGGGUGCCCCCCCCGCCUCGGAGGGGGCACUUCUGCGUCGCUUGCCGAAGCUUGUGAAACGCAUGAGGAAGAUGUGCCUGGUGCUCAUGAAGGGAAGCCCCCUACCCUGCCUCGUGGAGGGCCUCGACCAGUUCACCGGUGAAGUCAUUUCCUCUGUGAGUGAGCUGCAGAGGUUAAAGGUGGAGCCCUCCGCAGAGAAGGAGAAGCAGCGCUCAGAAGCCAAGCACAUCCUCAUGCAGAAGCAGCGAGCUUUAGCAGACCUCUUUAAACACCUUGCAAAAACCGGUUUGUCAUAUCGCAAAGGUCUUUCCUGGGCCCGUUCAAAAAACCUUCAAGAGAUGCUUCAUCUUCACCCGUUGGAUCUCCAGAGCGCAUUGUCCAUAGUCAGCAGCACUCAGGCGGCUGAUUCUAGGCUGCUUACAGAAAUCUCGUCUUCAUGGGAGGGGUGCCAGAAGUAUUUUUAUCGCUCUCUUGCACGGCAUGCCAGGCUUAGUGCAGUCCUGGCAGCUCCCGCCAAGGAGAUGGGUGUGGGCCACGUGGAGCGGUGUAAAGGGUUCUCGGCGCAUUUGAUGAAGGUGCUCAUCCGACAGCGGCGCUCCCUGACCGCGCUGACCGAGCAAUGGAUCCUCCUCAGGAACCUCCUCAGUUGUGUGCAGGAGAUUGACAGCAGGCUGACGGGGCCGCCCGUCUACCCCGUGGCCUUCCCCCCUCAGGACGGGGUGCAGCAGUGGACAGAGAGGCUGCAGCAUCUGGCCAUGCAGAGCCAGAUCCUGCUUGAGCAGCUCUCCUGGCUCCUCCAGUGCUGCCCCAGUGCAGGGCCAGCUGCAAGCCAAGGUGAUGCCCAGGCACAGGGUCAGCCUUCUGCCCCCUCCCUGGAAGGACCAGAGCUCACCAAGGGGCAGCUUUCUGGAGCAGUGCUGGACCUGAUCCCGUCAGACCUGAGCUACCCAUCCCCAGUUCCUGGAAGGCAGCUGCCCUCUGGUUGCCGGAUGCGGAAACAGGACCAGCUUUGGCAACAGUCAACUGUGAGAUUAACAGAGAUGCUGAAAGCCAUUAAAACAGUGAAAGCUGAUGUUGACAAAGUUAGGCAGCAAUCUUGUGAGACUCUCUUUCAUUCUUGGAAAGAUUUUGAAGUUUGCUCUUCUGGGCUGAGUUGCCUUUCCCAGGUGUCAGCUCAUUUGCAAGGCCUAGAGUCCUUGUUCAUUCUUCCAGGGGUAGAGGGUGAGCAAAUAGACCCACAAAUGGCAUUAGUCGAGAGCCUGGAAUAUGUAAGAAGAGAGAUCAGUAAAGCCACAGAUGACUUCACUACUUGGAAGACAUAUCUGCUUACCCCAGGCAGCCAAGAAGGAAACCAAAUGCUGGAUGAAGGGUUUGUGGAGGAUUUUUCAGAGCAAAUGGAAACUGCCAUCCGGGCCAUCCUUUGUGCCAUCCAGAACUUAGCAGAAAGAAAUAGUAAAAAAACAGAGGAGAACACUCACCAAACAAGACCACAAGAAGAUGCAGGCUUUGAGAGACUGCAGUCAGGACAUCUAACAAAACUCUUAGAGGAUGACUUCUGGGCCGAUGUGAGCACUUUGCAUGUGCAGAAAAUAAUUUCUGCUGUCUCUGAGCUCUUGGAGAGGCUGAAAUCGUCUGGCGAGGAUGGCACAGCAGCGAAGCACACGUUCUUCGCCCAGUCCUGCCGCUUGUUGGUGCGCCUGGUGCCCAUGCUCUCCAGGUACUCAGACCUCGUCCUCUUCUUCCUGACCGUGUCUUUGGCAACUCACCGCAGCACUGCAAAGUUGCUCUCUGUGCUUGCCCAGAUCUUUACGGAGCUGGCCCAGAAGGGAUUUUGCUUGCCCAAAGAAUUUAUGGAAGAUUCAGCGGGAGAGGGAGCGACUGAGUUCCAUGACUACGAGGGAGGUGGGAUUGGGGAAGGUGAGGGCGUGAAGGAUGUGAGUGACCAGAUAGAAAAUGAAGAACAGGUACAAGAUACAUUUCAGAAGGGUCAAGAAAAGGAUAAAGAGGAUCCUGACUCAAAAUCAGACAUUAAGGGCGAGGAUAAUGCCAUUGAGAUGUCAGAAGACUUUGAUGGGAAAAUGCAUGAUGGGGAGCUUGAAGAACAAGAAGAGGAUGAUGAGAAAUCAGAUAGUGAGGGUGGAGACCUGGAUAAACAGAUGGGCGAUCUGAAUGGUGAGGAAGCUGACAAACUAGAUGAGAGGCUUUGGGGUGAUGACGACGGUGAGGAAGAUGAGGAGGAAGAAGACAGUAAAACUGAAGAAACAGGACCAGGAAUGGAUGAGGAAGAUCCUGAACUUGUUGCUAAAGAUGACAACUUGGAUACUGGGAAGUCAAACAGAGAUAAAACCCAGCAAGAUAAGAAGGAAGAAAAGGAAGAAGCAGAAGCUGAUGAUGGGCAAGGCCAAGACAAAAUUAAUGAACAAAUAGAUGAGAGGGAAUAUGAUGAGGACGAGGUAGACCCUUACCAUGGCAAUCAGGAAAAGCUGCCCGAACCUGAGGCCUUGGACCUUCCAGAUGACUUGGGCCUAGACAGUGAAGACAAGGAUGGUGAUGGGGACACAGACUGUGAAGAUGGAGAAGAAGAGAAUCCUUUGGAAAUUAAAGAGAAACCAAUGGAUACUGUAGAAGCAGGUCACGAAGCUGAAGACAUAAAUGAAGAGACUGAGGCUGACCGGAAUGACGGUCAGGGUCAGCACGAGCCUGAGGGAGGCUCCAGUGAAGAUGACCAGGAGGAGGGGGAGGAAGAGAUGGACACAGGAGCUGACGACCAAGACAAGGAUGUUGCCCAGCAUCCUGAAGAGAACGCAGAGGAGCAGCAGCAGUCUUUGGAGGACAAGGACACCAGUGAGGAAGGUGCAGAGAAGGACGUCCCUGUUGACCAGGGUCUCCAGCCUCAGGAAAAAGAAGAAGAAGGGGAGAAGUCUGACACGGAGCAGCAGGUGCCAGAGGCUAUGGAGAGGAAAGAGCACGACUCCUGCGGGCAGACAGGCUUGGAGAGCGUGCAGAGCGAGCAUGCCGUGGAGCUGGCGGGGGCCGCGCCCGAGAAGGAGCAGGGGAAGGAGGAACACGGCAGUGGAGCUGCGGAUGCAAACCAGGCAGAAGGCCAUGAAUCCAACUUCAUUGCCCGGUUGGCCUCUCAGAAAAACACCAGGAAAAACACACAGAGUUUUAAGAGGAAACCUGGGCAGGCCGACAACGAACGCUCCAUGGGUGACCACAAUGAGCGUGUGCACAAGAGGCUGAGGACUGUGGACACGGACAGCCACACCGAGCAGGGCCCGGCCCAGGCCCAGGCAGAGGACGCGGAAGCAUUUGAGCACAUUAAACAGGGUAGCGAGCCCUAUGACGUACAGACCUACGAUGUGGCUAGCACGGAGCAGCAGCAGUCUGCAAAGGACCCCAGCAAGGCUUGGGAAGAGGAGGAGACAGAGGAUGCCUCCGCAGGCACGGGGGAGCAGGAGGAGCUCUGCGCAGUAGACACGGAGCAGCUGGAGUCCCAGGAAGCCAGGUCGGGGCGCACAGCCGGGCCGGGCUUUGAAGAGAUGGAGAUGGAGACCCAAACUAUUAACACAGAGGAAGACCAAGACCGCAGGACAGACACAUCCCACAGGGAGACAGAGAAUGAGAAACCAGAGAGAAGCCGAGAUUCGACCAUUCAUACAGCCCAUCAGUUCCUUGUGGACACAAUUUUACAGCCCUUCUUAAAAGAUGUUAAUGAACUAAGACAGGAGCUGGAGAGACAGCUGGAAAUAUGGCAGCCACACGAAUCUGGAAACCCAGAAGAAGAGAAGGCAGCAGUGGAGAUGUGGCAGAGUUACCUGGUCUUAACUGCACCUCUUUCACAACAGCUGUGUGAACAGCUUCGUCUCAUAUUAGAGCCUAGCCAGGCUGCCAAGCUGAAAGGAGACUAUCGAACUGGGAAGCGACUGAACAUGCGGAAGGUCAUUCCAUACAUUGCCAGUCAGUUUCGGAAAGACAAGAUUUGGCUUCGAAGGACCAAGCCCAGUAAACGCCAGUAUCAGAUUUGUUUGGCUGUCGAUGACUCUUCUAGCAUGGUAGACAACCAUACCAAACAGCUUGCCUUUGAGUCUCUGGCUGUGAUUGGAAAUGCUCUAACCUUUCUGGAAGUGGGUCAGAUUGCGGUGUGCAGUUUUGGAGAGUCCGUAAAGCUGUUACACCCAUUCCAUGAACAGUUCAGUGAUUACUCAGGGUCCCAGAUUCUGCGGCUCUGCAGAUUCCAACAAAAGAAAACCAAGAUUGCUCAGUUUCUAGAGUCUGUAGCCAACAUGUUUGCAGCCGCUCAGCAGCUCUCACAAAACAUCAGUCCAGAAACUGCACAGCUCCUCCUGGUGGUCUCUGACGGACGUGGCCUUUUCUUUGAGGGCAAAGACAGAGUCCUAGCAGCAGUUCAGGCGGCCCGGAAUGCUAACAUCUUUGUCAUUUUUGUUGUGUUGGACAAUCCAAGUUCACGGGAUUCUAUCUUGGACAUCAAGGUACCAAUAUUUAAAGGGCCUGGAGAGAUGCCUGAAAUCCGAUCCUACAUGGAAGAGUUCCCAUUCCCGUUCUAUAUAAUCCUACGCGAUGUGAACGCACUUCCCGAGACGCUCAGCGAUGCCCUCAGGCAGUGGUUUGAGCUGGUGACAGCCUCUGACCACCCAUAG